AUAUCAGCUUCGCGUCUUGUGCGUCGCCGCCAUUUCACCAGACGAAAGACUCAAGCGGCGACUGAACACUUUUUGUGGUAGUAGCGACACAACACGACCGAGUAGCGACCUUUAUUGUUUUUACGACUUUAAAUUCGCGUUUAUCUGCAUCUAGACCAAGCCUGAGCGGUUUAGAGCAGUUUCGUCUGAAAAAGGAGGAGGACAAGCGAACAUCUGAAGGCAAAAUGUCGACUGAGGUUAAAUCAGAGAAGCCUGAGAAGCAAGAACAAGGAAAUGCGGUUAAUGGCAAGUCCAACCAUGAGUCGAGAAAGGAGAGGCCUCAGAAGCGCGGUGGCGGAGGCCGGUUUGAACCUUAUGGAAACCCCAACAAGAGAUACCGUGUGUUUGUCAGCAACAUUCCCUACGAUGUUAAAUGGCAAACUCUGAAAGAUCUCAUGAAGGAAAAAGUGGGUGAGGUAACGUACGUGGAACACUUAAUGGACGGAGAAGGCAAAUCAAGGGUAAGUGCAAGAGACGAACCUCCAUUUGUCCGCUUGAGUUCUUACAUGUACUCUUAGAUUUUAAUGUGGGAUGUUCAGGACUGGGUUGAGAGUUCAAAAUGUGUCGUCUUGGGUGGCAUUUGAACAAAAACGGACGGUUCUGAGUGGAACCGCAGGGCUCGUUUCCCAGCUACAUAGUAAUUCUGGUUCUCGUGUGUUUAAGAGGUAGCACUGCGAGUCUCAUUAUUGGACUUCAGGUGGUGUUCAGUAACUAAACACGGCGUCAAUGAUUUGUUGAGCGACUCAACUAGUUGGGAUAACAACAGAAACGGAGCCUGAACGAGUAAUUGCAACUGAAGGCCGCUUGUGUAUUCUGGUCGUCAGCCAUUUUGAGUUUGAAUGUAAUUAUGUAAUCGUUGAACACCACAGAAGUAUUAUAUGAAUAUUCUUGAUCAAUUUUAGUGUGUCUGAAUUUUAAGUGUCCAUUUUCCUGAGUUUUCAGUGAUUUCUUGUGGAGCUUGUCUAAUUGUCUCUCUCGUUCCUGUUUUGUUUGUUCGUUUAUCCUGGCUGCUGUGCUGACUGAACAAAGGGUUGUGCGGUGGUUGAGUUCAGAACUGAAGAGCUUAUGAAAAAGGCUGUAGAGAAAGUCAACAAACAUGUCAUGAACGGUCGUCCUCUCAAGGUCAAAGAGGACCCAGAUGGAGUGAUUGCCCAGCGUGAAGCUAAUCGGGGUCACGGAGGUGGUGGUGGUGGUGGCCCACCAAUGGGAGGAGGCAUGGGUGGAGGAAUGGGAGGAGGCAUGGGUGGAGGAAUGGGCAUGGGAAUGGGCCCGGGGCCUGGCGGUCCUUCAAUGGUCAACAUCCCUCCCAGUCUCAUGAACAACCCAAACAUUCCCAACGAGAUCAUCCACGGUCUCCAGGCUGGAAAAAUCGGCAGCACCAUCUUUGUGGCCAAUCUGGACUACAAGGUCGGAUGGAAGAAGCUCAAGGAGGUGUUUGGUAUGGCUGGAGCAGUUGUGCGUGCAGAUAUCCUGGAGGAUAAAGAUGGGAAGAGCAGGGGAAUGGGAACAGUCACUUUUGAGAUGCCCAUUGAGGCAGUUCAAGCAGUCUCUAUGUUCAACGGACAGCUGCUCUUCAACAGGGUCAUGCACGUCAAACUGGAUGAGAAAUCCCUUCCCAAAGGUGACUUCACACCCCCAGAUCGUCCUCCAGCACUUCCUCGUGGUCUGAGUGGUGUCGGUCUCGGUCUGGGACCUGGCGGUCAACCCAUUGAUGCUACCCAGCUCAACCGUGGUGGGAUGGGCAACAUGGGACCAGGAGGGAUGGAUAAUUUUGGAGGUGGUAUGAACAACAUGGAUCGUUUCGGCCCUUCUGGAAUGGGAAGAAUGAACGAUAUGGAUCGUGGAAUCGGUGGUGGCUUUGAUAGAGAUUUCAGUGGCCGUAAUGACAUGGGUAUGUCCCGUAGCAACUUCGGAGACUCUUUUGACCGUGGAAUGGGAAACUCCAUGGGAAUGGAUCGCAUGAAUUCUGGCAUGGACCGGCUUGGUGGCAGCAUGGACCGCAUGGGAGGCCUGGACCGAAUGGGAAUGGAUCGCAUGGACCGCAUGUCUGAUCUGGAUCGGUUGGGAACUGGCUUCGACCGAAUGGGUUCAGGGCUUGACCGACUAGGGCCCAGUAUGGAUCGCUUGGGAUCAGGCCUCGACCGCAUGAGCUCCAGCGUGGACCGCAUGGGCCCUGGCGGCUUUGACCGCUUGGGACCAUCCGGCAUGGAUCGCAUGAGUGGCGGCAUGGACUUUUCCUCGCCUAUGGGCAUGGACAGGAUGAACACAGGCCUUGACCGAAUGGGUUCAAACUUCGACCGCAUGGGCUCCGGUGGCAUGGACCGCUUCCCUUCCUCGGGUCUCGACCGCAUGGGCUCCGGCAUGGACCGGAUGGGCUCCGGUGGCGUCGGGGGGCAGUUUGACAGACCGGCUGAUAUGGAUCGUGGUAACUUCGGCACUUCUUUUGGCGGGGCUGGACAAGGAGGGCCAGGAGCUGGUGGAGCCAAUGCCAGGAAGGGUUGCCAGAUAUUUGUCAGAAAUCUGCCCUUUGAUUUCACUUGGAAGAUGUUGAAGGACACUUUCAAUUCAUGUGGCAUCGUGCAGUAUGCAGACAUAAAGAUGGAGAACGGCAAGUCCAAGGGCUGCGGCGUGGUGCGUUUCGACAGUCCCGAGACUGCAGAGCGAGCCUGUCGUACCAUGAACGGCUACCGGCUCAGCGGACGAGAGAUCGACGUCAGGAUCGACAGGAAUGCAUAAUCAUCUUUGCCUUCAGAUUCCUUCCACCCCCUCAUUAUGCUUUCCAAAUUAUUUGUCCGUUAAAUAUUUGUAUUUGUGCCGAAUGGUACAUUUUUAGUUUUACUUAUGACUUUUAGAGACCAAAUGUUGUUUUUGUUUUUUCUCCCCAAUUUUUAUUGUGAUGCUUUCCGAGAAAUUGCCUUUGUUAAAGGUUUGCUAAUAAAUCUCAACGUUGAGAACUUAA